AUGGAGACAGAAAGCCAGCUCCAUGUUUCAUCAACUUCAAGUCAACACAAAGAAGGAACAUCUUUUUUCAAAACAUGUUUCAAUGGACUCAACGCGUUAGCAGGUAUUGGAAUGCUCUCAAUGCCAUACGCAAUUUCUCAAGGAGGUUGGAUAAGUUUCAUGCUUCUGAUUAUUUUCGCCAUUAUAUGUUGGUACACAGCUUUACUUCUAGGAAGAUGCAUGAACCAACAGCCACUAAUCAAAUCCUAUGCUGAUAUAGCUCAUGUUGCUUUUGGUUACAAAGGAAGAGCUUUCAUUGCAACUUUCUUAUAUCUAGAGCUUUUUUUAAUUCUUGUGGAACUUCUUAUACUAGAAGGAGACAACUUGGCCAAGUUGUUUCCAAAUAUGAGUUUCACAAUGAUAGGGUUCAAGAUUGGAAGUAAAAGUGCUUUCGUGUUAAUAACUGCUUUGAUAGUAUUGCCAACAACUUGGUUGAGAAGUUUAGGAGCUUUGGCUUAUAUAUCUUUUGGAGGGAUAGUGACUUCUUUGAUUUUGAUUGGUUGUAUUGUGUGGGUGGGUGAAGUGGAUGGUGUUGGGUUUCAUGAAAGAGGAAAGUUAGUGAAUUUGGGAGGUUUGUCUACUUCUAUGAGCCUUUUUGCUUUCUGUUAUUGUGCUCAUGCAUUGAUGCCAACAAUAUGCAAUUCUAUGAGUGAUAGAAACCAGUAUUCUAAGGUUAUGCUGGUUUGCUUUGCUGCAAGCACUGUUAUUUAUGGAACCAUAGGAGUAUUAGGUUACAUAAUGUUUGGAGAUAAUUUGAAAUCUCAAAUCACAUUAAAUCUACCAACAAAUACAAUAAGUACAAAAAUAGCAAUAUAUACCAAUGUAAUUAACCCUUUCACUAAGUGUGCUAUUGUAAUCACUCCAAUUAUCAAUGCCAUUGAGGGAAAAUGGCAUCUAUGCAAGAGAAGACCUAUCAGCAUUCUCAUUAGAACCACCAUUGUGGUCAGCAGUGUGAUUGUGGCUCUUUUUGUUCCUUUUUUUGGAUACAUUAUGGCAUUUAUUGGUGCUUUCUUGAGUGUGGCCAUCUCAUUAUUGUUUCCUUGUCUAUGCUACUUGAAGAUGCACAAAGCUGCAAGGAGAUUUGGGUUAGAAUUGAUCAUAAUUGUAGCAAUUCUGGUUAUUGGUACAUUUAUUGGAAUACAGGGUACCUACACUUCACUUGUGCAAAUAGUAAAUAAUGUAAAGUUGUGA